GUCUCUUCACGCGAUACCGGAUCAGAGCCUUUUUCAUCGUCCUUUUCUAGUUGUCGCUGGUCAGGUUAUUGUCUGCGGGCUCUGCGUUUUUUGUCUGUCUGUUUCUUCUUCAUCCAGACAGCCGUCGCUCUCCUCGUCGCGCUGCACCAACAACAUCCGAGAUCGCCGCCCGUCCUUUGUUUACAUGACUCGGCCUCUGCUUAAAUGACUGGCAAGCUCUGGUCGUAUCUCUCCCCGCGCUCGACUGCCAGGAAGGAACAACUGCAGCAGAAUACCCCGGGCACUGCUUCAAACGGCUUCAUGAAUAACACUCCUGUGCCCGCUACUCCGAGAUCGGCGUGCACGCCGGGCAGGAAAGCCGCCCCCGAGAAGCCGAUAAUCGGCAACUACUCACUCGGAAAUCUUUUGGGUAAAGGUGCGUUUGGCGAAGUCCGUCAGGCUCUUAAUCUGCGCACCGGCGAAACCGUCGCGGUCAAGCUCAUCAGUCUGUCAAAUGUCAAAAAAAAGGAGAUCCAAAAUAUCAUGCACGAAUCAGACCUCCUUCGCAAUCUAGAUCAUCCCAACAUUGUACGAUACCUAGGCUUCUUAAAGUCUGAAAAUUACUUGUAUAUUAUUCUUGAAUUCUGCGAAAACGGCUCUCUCACUGCGACAAGCAAAAAUUUUGGCGUAUUUCCCGAGCGUUUGGUUGCGAUCUUCAUCUCCCAGGUCCUCCAAGGGCUGAUGUACCUACACGAGCAAGGCGUCGUUCACCGCGACAUCAAAGGGGCGAACAUAUUGACCACAAAGGAAGGGAUCGUCAAACUGGCUGAUUUCGGAGUCGCUACCUCUCGCACCAUCGCUGCUGUCGAUUCAGAUUCGGCCGGGGAGGAACAGCAUGAGGUUGUCGGAACCCCUUAUUAUAUGGCUCCUGAAAUCAUUCAGCUUAAAGGUGCUAGUCCAAAGUCUGACAUUUGGAGUGUGGGCUGUACGACGAUUGAACUGGUGACCGGUCAUCCUCCGUAUCACCACAUUGAACAAAUGCCCGCACUCUACCGCGUCAUCCACGAUCCCCAUCCUCCAUUGCCGGAAGAGAUAUCUCCGGCUCUCCGAGAUUUUCUACUCUCUUGUUUUCAAAAAGAUCCUGCCUUGCGAUCAUCUGCGCAGGAACUUCUUAACCAUCCAUGGAUAAGGAGCGCGCGUAACUCUGGUGACUACAGUGACGCCAUAAGCACGAUACAAGCUAGCAAUUACAGACCGCAGAACCAACACAUCAGCAGAUAUAGUACUUCUUCAGAUGAAGAAGAGUCUGGUAUUCCCCGGCAUCAAACCCCUCGCAACAGCAUCUCUCCCCCUACAUCAGUCUCGUCGACAGCAUCUCCUCGCUCUACUCCUCCUUUGAAUCAAUCUGUGCCUGUCUUGGGGCAGUCAAGACAGCAGUUUCAUUUUAAUGCUCAACAGAUGAGGCAAUCUGUUGAUGAAAAGUAUCAGCAGAGCAUUGUUGAGACCAAGCUCAACAAAUAUUCAGAGAUCCCCAGUCAAAAUUCCUUAUUAUCAACAUCUGCCGCCCCUCAGCUUCCGUUGAGCUCGUUUCGCCAAGUCUCAGAAGAGCAGCAUCCUGGUUCGGAAAGGUGGGACUCGGACUUUGUUCUUCCCAGAGAAGGACUCUCUAAUGCUCUGGCGACCAAACUAAGAAGGCCGACUACGUUGCUGCCGCGGACAACAUCUACGCGGACACCUGCGACGAAAAUCCCAUUGACGCCAUCUUCAUCAUUCACUCCGGCAACUUCAGACUCACCUAUGUCAUCUUCCGCGUUUGUAUUGGGAAACCGGGAGAGGAGCCACACCGAUGCCUUUAGACCGUCGAGAUCAGCUCGCCAGUCGAUGAUCGAGCCCGAGACCGAGCAAGAUCAAACGAACUGGGACCUAGAUUUCGAAGGCGAGCUGAAAAUAAACCGGCACGGGCGUCUUGUCUGAUGGCUCUCAUUUGUAUAAAUUAAGUAAAUAGGCCUCGUUUCUGUGUUUAUAACGCUUUGUAUUCUUUUUGUAUCAUGCAUUGCUCAUGUAUAGAUGUUACUCGCAGAGAUCUGGGAUGGGUGUUUUGGUAAUUUUGGGAGUUUUCUUUGUCUUGCUGCUUACUGGCGACAUCAUUACAGCGAGAGGUUUUUAAUAUACUUCUUUACACAGCAUUACUACUAAUUGAAUACUGUAGAU